CACGAUCCUGUACUAAACAGUAUGUAAGAGUGGUGCGCGUGGAGCCUGUUUUAGAGUAGGGCUUAGUGCGGAAGUCGUCCCUACCCGGUGCGGUCAUAACCUGUGUGCAGGGACACUGCUCUCCACUUGUCUGCUCUAAUUAACACCUUCGAUCGGGACAUUUGCCAGGUAAACACCACGCAAAAUGGACGCUACAGGGAAGGACAUGCAGGACACGUUAGUGUGUGACAACUCUUGAUGAUAUUUGGGAGUGCCAAUAACCUGCCUGGGCGUGCGAGGAGAUAACGAAAGAAAAGCCUGUGUGUAGCUGUCAGACACAGAUAAUGUUCAGUAACCGUCAGAAACUGAGGAGUAGCCUGGCUCACAAUAGGCUUUCCUUCACUGAAGAUGCCAGGAGCUGAAACAGUGCCUUUUGAAUGGGGACGAAACUUUCGGGAAUAUGUGUAGUUAUUAGUUUACAGCUAACUGUAGUAAAUUUUCUGCAUGUGUUAAUGACUUUCAUGGCAAGUUAAGUAGACCAAAACUAAAGGCUCAAUUCAGCGUACUUCCUCAAAAUGUGUGCAAUAGUAAUGUUGCAAAUGUCGAGAUUCGCCACCAGGAAACUGUUACAUCAGUGGAAUAUCACCUGUAAAGGCCAAGUAAGACUUUACCAGCUGUCUGGUAAAGGUUGGACAUUAAUGAGAUCCCAGAGACAACUGCUCUGUAAAACCAUUCUUGAGACAUCCUCUUUUUCCCACGUCCGACUUGGAGCGUCUUUAGGUCCACAUUGUGUUUGGACACACUUCAAUGCCUUCAAACCAUUUGCUUUUUACAGCACGUCGACAGACUCCAAGCAAGCAGCAAAUCAUGAGGGAAGUGAAGUCAAGACCAAAGACAAACCAGGAAGAGUAUCUUCAGAAGACUUCAAAAAGUUAAUGCAGCUCGCUUAUCCAGAGCGCUGGAGGCUAUCAGCUGCUGUAGGCUUCCUGAUUGUCUCCAGUGCUGUCACUAUGUCUGCCCCAUUUUUCUUGGGUAAAGUGAUCGACACCAUCUACACAAACUCAGCUGCUGAUUUAACUGCCUCCCUGAGCUCCCUGUGCAUCAUGCUGGCAGGGGUUUUCCUGUGUGGUGGUGCUGCCAAUGCUGCACGUGUAUACCUUAUUCACGUCUCAGGGGAGAAGAUUGUGAGAAACUUACGUGAAUCCCUUUUUUCCUCAAUUUUGAGGCAGGAGGUGGGAUUCUUUGAUAAGAACCGCACUGGUGAGCUCAUUAACCGUCUUUCUUCAGACACCGCUCGAGUUGGAAGUGUGCUCACUGACAACAUGUCUGAUGGUCUACGGGCAGUUGCUCAGGCUGGAGCUGGAGUCAGCAUGAUGUUCUAUGUGUCACCCAGUCUUGCCACCUUUGUCCUGAUGAUUGUACCUCCUUUGGCUGGCCUGGCAGUUAUCUACGGAAGAUAUGUGCGCUCCAUAUCAAAACAAACACAGGAUGCUCUGGCACAGGCUACACAGCUGGCAGAAGAGAGGAUUGGUAACUUACGGACAGUUAGGGCAUUUGGCAAAGAGCUGACAGAAGUUCAGUCCUACGCAGAGAAGGUGGAGUCUGUCCUCCAACUAGCUAGGAAGGAAGCGAGGCUUACGGCUGGGUUCUUUGGAGUGACCGGCAUGAGUGGCAACAUGAUUGUCCUGAGUGUGUUGUAUAAAGGUGGGCUGCUGAUGGGUAGUGAGCAGAUGACAGUAGGAGAGCUUUCUGCCUUUCUUAUGUAUGCCUUCUGGGUGGGCAUCAGCAUUGCAGGAAUGAGCUCAUUCUAUUCAGAGUUGAUGAAGGGGUUUGGAGCUGGUACACGUCUUUGGGAACUGAUGGAGCGGAAGCCUGAAUUUUCUCUUAAUGAGGGACUUGUUUUGAGACCAGACCAACUAAAGGGAGCCCUUGAAUUCCAUAAUGUGUCUUUCGCUUACCCAACAAGGAAGGAUGCCCCCAUUUUCCAGAACCUAAGUCUGUCUGUGCCAGCUGGUUCAGUGAUGGCAGUGGUGGGGUCAAGUGGCUCUGGAAAAUCUACUCUUGUGUCCCUCCUGCUCCGUCUGUAUGACCCAGACUCAGGUAUGGUAACUAUUGAUGGCCAUGACAUCCGGAGUUUGAAUGCUUCUUGGCUGCGGAGUUGUAUUGGAACUGUAAGCCAGGAGCCAGUCCUCUUCUCAUGCUCCAUUGCUGAGAACAUUGCAUACGGAGCAGCAGAUCCCAGACAGCUCACAACACAGGACAUCCUACGAGCAGCACAGAUAGCUAAUGCUCAUGAUUUCAUUAAUGGAUUUCCCAAAGGCUUUGACACUGUUGUUGGAGAGAAAGGAGUAUUACUGUCAGGUGGACAGAAACAAAGAAUUGCUAUAGCAAGAGCAUUGCUGAAGAACCCCAAAAUACUGUUAUUAGAUGAAGCCACAAGUGCUCUGGAUGCAGAGAAUGAGUUCCUGGUGCAAGAGGCCCUGGAGCGGUUGAUGCAGGACCGCACAGUGCUCAUCAUUGCUCAUCGACUUUCAACCAUCCAGAAUGCAGAUGCUGUGGCUGUGCUGGACCAGCAGCAUGUAGUGGAGUGUGGCAGUCAUGCAAAGCUUCUUUCCAACCAAGAUGGUAUCUUCCGCAAGCUCAUGGAGAAACAAGCCUUUUUAGAUCCUGAACAGAAGCUGGCUCUUGCUAAAUAGAAGACAAUAAUUCAAUAUCUGAAGAACUUAGUAAUGAAAGUAUAUGACAUGCAGAAAACAGCUGUAGCUGUAUAUGAGUGCCUAUCUUCAAUUUAAACUACCAGUCAUAAGUUCGUUCAUGAGAAGAUUUUUAUUAAUUUUAGAAUAUUAAUGAAGACAUUUAUUCUGUGAACUAAAAAACAGGAUUAUGUAGUAAUCAAGAAAAAUGUUCCCAAACAAAUCCAAGUAAUUUUCUGUCUAAAAUUCUUAACAGCAUUCCUGAUGGACCACCAUACGUUUCUUAAAGUUCUCAAACAGCUGAGCUCUGAGCUUCACAAACAACUCAGCACUUUCUGGCUGAUUUUCUUAUAUUUAAAUUGGAAUUACUUGUUUGGAGGAAGCAUUCUUUUACGUAAAAAUACAUGUUGAUUCAGAUUUUUUAAUGUUCAACCAUAAUUUAUUUGGCUGAUGACUAUGUACUGAGUCUAGUGUUUACAAACCUUUGACUGGUAAUGUAUGUUUAGUAAGAACCUGAUGUCAACACUCAACUUUAAGAUACAAUUACUUGUAACAAACACAAAGGACUAUUUAUUUAAAACACUGCAACUGUAAACCGCAGUUUAACUGGAAUUUUUUUUUGUUCUCUUUUCAUACAGUUGAAAUUUUUCUAGUAGUACAAUUUUCUGGAUUAUAAUCAUUAUAAUCAUAGUUAAAUCAGUAAAAGACGGGUAUGCUUUGACUUUGUAUAUAAAAAAUGGGGAUCUAGAAAAAGCAUUAUUAUUAUGGUUUACUGUAUACAUUAUUUUCACCAUGUUUGCCAAAACUGGUAUUUCAGCUCGGAAAAUCAGCUGGUCAAUCCUGUAUCAAAGACCUUCAUAUUGUCUAUGUAUGUGAAAAAGUGUAAGCUGCUAUAUAUGAAGUUUAGCAGAUGGAUCCACCCGGGACUCUUGUUUCGCAUUCAUCCUUCAAACUGUUGAACUUUGACACAGGGAACAGUCCAUAUUUGCCAAAACAUUAAAAAACACAAUGGAGAAUAGUCUAAAUGACCACCAAAGACAAAAAUUACCUGAGAAAUUAUUUGCAACAUACACUAUUACAGUGAUAAGGCUGCAAUCAAAACAGAUGUUUCGUAAGUGUGAAUAAAUAUUUUUUUUUCAUUAGUAAAGCUGUGGACAUAUUGUAAUGUUAGAUGUGCUAAUUUUAUAUAAAUAAACUACUGAUUGAUUAAUUACA